UACGGCAAGUUCUGCAUCUACAUUGUCCGGAUCAAGUUAAACUGGACUGACGCGGCGGCGGCAUGUCACCAGCUGACCCCCGAGGGAAAGCUGGCCGAACCGGCGAGUGAAGAUCACAUGUUAUUCAUACGUCAGAUGACCGUCGUGGAAUUUCGGGACGUCGGAACGCAGACGGUUUGGAUCGGUGGCGUGCGUGACAACGUGACCAACAAGCUUGUGUGGGCGUCAUCGGGUCACGUGAUCACGACGACGAGCUGGGGCGCCCUGCAGCCCAACAGCCCAAGCAAGGGAGAGAACUGCGUGGGACUAGAACAGGACGCCGUAAAUGACGUGCAUGACUUCAAGUGCGGUCAGUUAAAAUACUUAUUGUGUGAG